AUGCUGCGCUAUGGAACUCAAAGAGCGUUAAGGAAUCAUUCAUCAAUCCGACACCUCUCUCAAUUACCUCGAACAUCAAAAUACCUCAGCACUUCUACAAGAAACCUUCCAUCAACUCAAGAUAGACUGCGACCAUUCCAGAAAUUUCCACUUCAAAGAGCUACACUACAACACGGCCAACAAAGUAGAAGAUCCUACAGCACAGACUCGAAAAGAGAAAACAAGGACUUGCCUUGGAUUUUGAUCGAUGAAGCGGAAGUGCAAAAGGAAUGGAAACUACCUGAAUCGGAGUAUGAAGUUCCAAGAGUCAUACGUCCUAUUCUAUUUUUCGUCGGUGUUGGAUCAUUCUCGUUCAUCUUUUUUGCAUAUAUCACCGUGAAGGAUACGGAAGAUGCAAUGAAGUAUGAAAUUGCUAAAAAAGACAAACUUGCCCUCGCUUUUUUCUUUAUUCUCUUCGGCUUUGAGAAAUUCCCGCUAUGGUUUUUCUUGGAUGCCGAUGAUCCACGAUAUCGAGCAAAGGCGGGGAUGAUUGUAAGGUCGCUCUUAUAUUUCCAUCGACCUGAAGAAGGGUGGGAAGAAAAUCAGUCACCAACCAUAUACUCCAGAGCAUCAGAUUCUUUUACAUACUUUUCUCUGAUCGCUCGAGAAGGAUUAAUAAGUCUACCCGUUCAAAUUUUAUCGUUUACCUUAUUUAUAGGCAUUCUUGCUUGCAGAGGUGGAAGGUCUAAAAACAGUGCGAUCAACUUUAUUCGGAAACAUCUUACUUUUUACCCUGCGGCAAAUCGACCACACACUCUAACAACUUCACUACUUUCCCACACUCGAUGGGACAGUAUUUUCAUUUAUUGGUUUGUUCUUUUGGCCUUAGGAUGUCCUGAACCAGGCAAUGGCAAAUUCUAUACUGACAUGUUUACCAAGUCUCAACAUACGGUUGAAUCGACAAGCCUGUUUCAAUUUUUUGCCUUUUGCAUCGCUACGGGCACGUUUGGUAAUCUAUGUUCUCAAUUAUCCGCGCGGCUUUUGUUUGUUCGAGCAAGAUCUUUAUUUGGCAUCCAGCAUGCAAAAUCGGUAGCUGGAGCCUUGCCGCAUUUAGGUGCUGCUCCUAUAGCAUACGGCAUGUUGGGAAUGGCUAUUCCAGGCUUCUUGUUCUCAACAAAUGAUACCUCACUCCCGCUCCCACAAGCUUCAUUGAAUCCUAUCGUUUUAGGCCUUGGUGUCGUAAGCGCAGAGCUUCUCCCUUUUUUGUUGUACGCAAAACGAGCACCACCUCUUCCUGGUAUAAGUGGGCGAGUAGGAGGAGCUCUGUUUGGUUUCAUGUACUAUUACUGGGGCGAAAGUUUAUGGCAUCGUUGUAAAGAAGUCUUUCGAGAGAGCAAUGGUCCAGUCGAAGCUAUAUACGUGUUGAGUAUGACUUUCCCGAGGAAGGGUAAUACUCUAGAAGGAGCAUAA